AUGUCAACUGAUUCUGGCCAUGGCGGCCAGGUGAUUGAAUACAUUCAAGACCGCCUUUACCUCGCGUCCUAUGACUCUGCCCCCAGCUCGAGAACACCAUUUCCCUACCAGCUGGACCAGCCGAAAUCUCCUAGCAAGCGCUCAGCUCGAGCUCAGCCCACCACGCCGAAUGGCAAGCGGCGGUCCCCGGUGUAUUUCACCGUCGAUGAUACCCUUCUCUACAAUGCCUUCCACGCCGAUUUCGGCCCUCUCCAUAUCGGCCACCUGUACCGAUUCGCUGUGCUCUUCCAUGAGAUCCUCGGCGACCCCGCCAACAGUGAUCGUCCCGUCGUUUUCUACAGCAAGACGGAUGCCCGCAGUCGCGCGAACGCGGCCUGCCUCGUGGCAUGCUAUAUGGUUUUGAUCCAAUCCUGGCCCCCUCACCUGGCUCUGGCGCCCAUUGCACAGGCAGAUCCCCCCUACAUGCCAUUCCGCGACGCCGGAUACAGCCAGGCGGACUUUAUCUUGAACAUCCAGGAUGUGGUGUAUGGCGUCUGGAGGGCCAAGGAGGAGUCCCUGUGCGGGCUGCGGGAGUUCAACUUGGAGGAAUACGAGAAGUUUGAGCGUGUUGACAUGGGCGACUUCAACUGGGUUACGCCCCAUUUCCUCGCCUUUGCAUCUCCCCAACAUCAGCCAGUUGCGCCCAUUCCCAUGAACACCCCUGAGUACAACGCCCUGCCCUCGACGAUCUCCGAAGUCUGCUCGUCCAAGCUACCCCUUCCUUUCAAGAAUGUCCUGGCACACUUUUCCUCCCGCAACGUGGGUCUCGUGGUGCGAUUGAACUCGGAACUCUACUGUCCAUCCUACUUCACGGCCAUGGGUAUUGCCCAUCUCGAUAUGAUUUUUGAGGACGGGACAUGUCCGACAUUGCAAAUGGUGCGGCGGUUCAUCAAGAUUGCCCACGAGAUGAUCACGGUCAAGAACAAGGGGAUCGCGGUUCACUGCAAGGCGGGCUUGGGCCGUACGGGCUGCUUGAUCGGAGCUUAUCUCAUCUACCGAUUUGGCUUCACCGCGAACGAGGUUAUUGCAUUCAUGCGAUUCAUGCGACCCGGCAUGGUGGUUGGGCCCCAGCAGCACUGGCUGCACCUCAACCAGGGCUCUUUCCGCGAGUGGUGGUUUGAGGACAGCAUGAGGGAGAAGCUGGCUCAGUCUGCACCUGUCACGCCAGCCCGCGUUUCGGCCAAGAAGCGCCCCAGCAAUGGCCCGGUGGCCACGCCGCCCAACAACAGCCAUUCGAAGCGUGCCGCCCUCGGUGAAAUCGAUCACAAUGAGGGUGCUGCGGGUUAUGCCGAGGAGAACCUCCCUGCACCGACUCCCGGUCAACCUCGCAAGUCUCACCGCAAGGAUUCGCGGCAUCACCCCUACGCUCGCACCGCUUCCGGGCACCUUGCCUUGGAAAGCGAGACAACCAAGCACGGAGAGCAACGUAGUCACCGUUCUCACCGACAGAGCAACGAGAGCAGUGAGAGUGACGAGGAGAUCCAGCUCCGCAUGCGGGCUAAGCGAACGUCCCGAUCCCCCGUGGCGUCUCCCUCGUCGCGCUCCAUCAGCUACUCUGCCACUGUCACGGCAAGCUACACCCUCGCAGAUGGCAUCCAUGAAGACCGCGAGAACUGGGUCGACAACGCAACCCCCAAGACCCCGGUCAGCCGGAAGAGCGGCGGCGGCGCUAUCUCAGUGAACAAGUCUCGCUCCAGUCCUCGUCGAGUGACCGACAGUACCCGCAGUGAAUCUCGCGGCGUCCGCAAAGCCAGCAACCGGGUCGGCAGCACAUCAACCAGUCCCUCUCGGGCAACUCGAGUCGUUCAGUAA